GCUUGCCUUCUCUCUCUCUCGCCGCUGAGUUUCUCCGGCCGCCGCCGCUGAAAGAUGCUCCGAGGUUGAAUGCUUGAGACACUAGAAAGGUCGUAGCGUUCCAUGUGGCUAUCGCCGGCUAAGUUUUCACUGUCAUACACUUUCCUCAAACAAGUGAGGCUGAGGCGAUGCUACUGCUACUGCUACGCUGCUCCUGCGCUUUCCCGGCGGAUUCCAACCUGGUCAGAGGAGCCAACAAGAGUUGAUACCCAUCAACAAAAGGAUGAUCGGAGCAGUUCGGGGCAGCUGGAUUGUGGUCGAGUUCUCCAUCAUUUGCAUGAUUUGAGGAAGGAGCCUUUCCUUGCACUUUCUUUCUUCCACCAACUGAAACGAGGCGGUUUUGUUCAUGAUGUCUACACUUCUGCUGCUAUGAUUAGGAUAUUGUGUUUCUGGAACUUGGACAGGAAAUUGAAUUCUAUGCUUUCUGAACUCAUCAACAAGGAGACGGUGCGGGAAUUCUCUGUUUCGGAUUUGCUGGAAGCUUUAUUUGAUGGUUGUGAUGUUGAUUGUACGAAGAUCAUUUCGAAAGUUUCCGAUGCAUUGGUAAAAAUUCAUGCAGUAGAUGAAAUGUUUGAUGAGGCGAUCGAUGUUCUUGUCAGAGUUCAGCAGUUAGGGGUUAAGCCGAGCAUUUUAACGUGUAAUUUUCUCAUGAACAGCUUGAUUGAGUCUAGGGAGAUUGAUGCUGCUGUGGCUAUUUAUAUGCAGUUGGAUUGUUUUGGAUUACAACCUAAUGAGUAUACUUGCUCCAUUGUUGUUAAAGCAUUCUGUAGGAAAGGUUGCUUGGACCAGGCAUUGUCUAUUUUCCAGACAAUGGAAGAUCUUGGGAUGACUCCGAAUGCGUUUGCCUACUCAACUUAUAUUGAAGGGUUGUGUGCUCAUAACGGCCCGGAUUCAGGUUAUAAAGCACUUCAACUUCUAAUAGGAGCUAAGCUUCCAGUAGAUGAGUUUGCUUAUACAGUUGUGAUUCGAGGGUUUUGUAAUCAGAUGAAACUUAAAGAGGCUUCGGAUGUACUAGGUGAGAUGAAAAGGCAGGGCUUUGUUCCUGAUGUGUAUGCUUAUGGUGCUUUGAUUUGUGGGUUAUGCAGUGAUGGGAAUUUACUUGAUGCUGUAGCUCUUCAUGACGACAUGUUGUCAGAAGGUGUGAAAACAAAUUGCGUGAUAGUCAGCUCGAUUCUUCAGGGCUGGUCUCAAGUAGGCAAGGGUUCUAACCUUCUAAAUUUGUUCGAGACAUGUAAGAGGAUGGGUAUCUACCUUGAUAAGGUUUGCUACAAUAUAGUGAUGAAUGUCUGCUGCAAGUUAGGGAACAUGAAUGCGGUAGUUGAAUUGCUUGCCGAGAUGAAAAAUAAGCGCAUUGUUCCUGAUGUUGUUAACUAUACAACUGUAGUUGGUGGUUAUUUUGAUGAAGGAAAACCUUACGAGGCCCUAAACGUAUUCCAAGAAAUGAAAGAAAAUGGGAUUAUCCCUGAUAUUGUCACUUAUAAUGUACUCGCUUCUGGUUUCUCCAGAUUAGGUCUGACACUAGAAGUCAGCAAUUUGUUACUGUACAUGAAGGACCAUGGUAUUGACCCUAACAAUGACACAUUCAGUGUCAUCAUUGAAGGGCUAUGCACUGGAGGAGGAUGCUGAAGCUUUUUUUUCUAACUUGAAAGACCAGAACUUGGACAUCUUUAAUGCCAUGGUUAAUGGUUACUGCUCGGCACGAAGCAUAGAAAAGGCCUUUGACUUAUUUAUUUCUCUGACUGAAAAAGGAUAUACACUGAAGAAACGUUCUUGCUUGAAACUGCUUUCCAGUAUGGAAUAUGAUAUUGAGAAAUCUAUUCAGCUAGUUGAGACAGUGUUAGCUCUAGGUGCUGAAUAUUCUAAUAUCAUAUGCAGCAAAGCUAUAGGCAUGCUUUCUCGUGCUGGAGAAAUGGAAAAGGCCCAAUAUGUGUUUGACCUUCUUGUCGGCAGAGGGCUAAGUGUGGAUAUGAUGACAUACACAAUGAUGAUAAAUGGUUAUUGCAGGGUCAAUUGCGAGAGAGAGGCCUGUAAUCUUCUGUAUGAUAUGAAGAGUAAAGGGCUUGAACCAGAUGUUAUCACUUACACAGUUUUGCUUGAUGGGGCCUUGAAAAUAAGGUCCAGGAGGAGGGCUAUAGGAAUCAGCAGCAAUAAUGCGGAACAUUCUCUACUUUUGAAUGAACUAAAGGGAAUGGAUAUAAAGCCUGAUGUUGUUACUUAUACUGUUUUGAUAGACGAGCGCUGCAAAGCAAAUAAGUUCAAGGAUGCUGUAAAACUUUUCCAAGAGAUGAUUGAUAGAGGGAUGCAGCCUGACACUGUGACAUACACGGCUCUUUUAUGUGGAUACUUUUAUGUUGGAGAUGUAGCUGGUGCUACAGUUCUUCGUGACAAAAUGUUAGAUAGUCAAUUACGGCCUGAUAACAUUUUCAAGUCUGCGUGGAAUCAUGGUAUCUUAAAAGACUUGAAAUGUCGGUCCCGUGAGUAGUUGCUUCGAGCUAGGAUGAAGUAUGGGAGGCUUUCAACGAGCGGAAGAUGCAGUUGAACAGUUCCUUGUGGCCAUUCUCACCUUGCAGAUUAACGUUCGGCUUCAAGGGAAAGCGACUUGCUUUAACUAAGAGCAGCUAACAGGUUUAAUUGCUAUUUGUGUCAACAUCAAGUUUUAUUGCUCAAAACUUGUGUCUUUCAGCUAAUACAGUCUAAUGUUUGUUUGUUAUCGUCAUCACUUCAGGAUUAUCGCUUGCACAAGAGCUCUCCCCUUCUUUAAUGAGGUAAAUUUGUUCUAGGUUUUUAUGUAUUUUCUUUUAUACUUUGAGCAACAUUGAGAAGGAAGACGCUCAAACGAUUUUAAAUUUUGGUUGUUAAAUUAGACAAUGAAAUUGUGUAGGAUAAUAGAACAACGGCUGAACAUGAAUUGUCAGUCAAUCUGGUAAACCAAGGUAACAACAUAAAUAUUUAUUUUAGAUCUCCAAUUAUGAUCUGCUUGUGGAUUUAAAAAUGUGAACUAUUAAUUGUUGACGCUAACGACCUUAAUCAUGAAUUGCAUCACUCUGUCUCUGUUGCUCUAGCAUUAAGUAGCCAAUUAAUGAAGCUUAUCAGCUUGACCGUCUGUCAGAAAGCUUAGAGUAUAAAUUAUUAUGUAUCUCGGUAUGCUUUUUUUCUUCUCCUGUUCUCUUACAAGGAUGCAUUGCUGAAAUGAUGGGCAGUGAGUCCUCUCUGCCUGAAACUGCUUUCUGAAUGUUAAUUCAAUUUAAAAGUAUUUACAUUCUUCCUAGCUGACUUAUCUCUUUAAUUUGGUUGUUUUCCCCUUUUUAGUUCAACAUUGAUAGACUCUGAUUAUUAUAGUAAUGUUGAAUUGCACAAUCAGAGAAGUGAACGAGGUGGACAAGUCAGAGGACUUGUCCAUUCGAAAUCCCUUCAAGCUCAUCAUGUACAGGUAGGACUUGCUAGUCUGGUUGAUUUUUUUUUUUGUUUUUUGUUUUUUGUUUUCUUGACUAAUUUUUUAAAGUAGUGUUUACCCUAUUAAUUUCGUUUUACAGAGAUCACAAGAUGAAUACUUGCAGUUCCUUGGUUACUCUUGGUGUUUGAUCCUUUAAGCAAAUCAUGAGCAGGAGAUUUGGCGUGCCCAUUCUAGUCCAUGGGAAUGCUUCUUGCUUGCAUUAUUUGAGCAGAAUAUCAGUGAUUCUGGUCUAGUACAAAGUUGAUGACCAAUCCGUGGUAGGAAUUCAGACUGCCUGGUGCUAAUUCUAAGUCCACAGCACUUAUUAUAUGCUUUUGCUUUUUGCAAACUUUCUAACUUUCAAACUGGCACUUGCAGAUGAUUUCAUGUGUUUGAUGCAUCAAAAUUCAAAAGGCUUACUUAGCGUUCGUAGCUCUGACAUCUCAUCAAAAGGCGAGCAUCAAUCCAACUAACUAUUUUUCUAAUUAUCGUUCACAGGGUAGUGGCCACAUUGGAAACGGUAGUUGCUACAUGCCUUUACUCGGAUAUGAUGCAUGAUUUGAAGAGCGUUGGAUCCAAGUACUGCUUUGAACGAGCUUGUGUUGGUUUUUUUGUUAUGCUCAGAAUCAACUAUAAGCAAUAACAUGAUAUUUGUGCUGCAGAGACAAAUAAAGAAGGGCGUGGUUGAAUAUGAAAAUGAUGAUGGUGUUUCCAGAAUGUAGAAUCCAUGCUGAGCUGCAAUGCGUCCAGGUUAACAACCACUACCAACAGUAGCGACAACCCUGUAGCGGGCAUUAGCAUCUCGAAACGACAGCCAACUCUGGAGUCGAGCAGUUUUCUUUUUGCAGCUUACUAAACAGAAGCCACCAAGACACUGUGACUGUUAGUUGACGAUUGGUGCAGCUUGCAGUCCAGUGGUCAUAGCUUGUUCUUUCAUUACCACCACCAUGUUUUAGGUAGCAGCAAGCUGUUAAUGUAGUCUCAUGUUGAGCUAAUGGGAUUUCUCUGGCUUCUGGAGCCAUAUAUAUUUGAUCAAAAUAACAGUCUGUAAUAAUUGUGGCAGCAGCCAAAGACGAAAAUUAGUUGGAAUAACACCUAAUAAAGAGUAUGCGACUGU